CAGCAGCUGGCGCCGCGUUCAGCCGCUCGCUCGCUCGCGCGCGCUCUGUCUCCAUGGCGACCCGCAGCGGGGCGGCGGCCGGGAGGCCCUACGAGCUGGUGGUGUUCGGGGCCUCGGGCUUCACGGGCCACUUCGUGGCGGAGGAGGUGGCGCGGGUGGCGGCCGGCGCUGAACUGCGGGGCCCGCUGCGCUGGGCCGUGGCCGGCAGGAACCGGGACAAGCUGCAAGGGGUGCUGGACAGGGCGGCGGAGAGGCUGGGAAAGCCAGAGCUAAAGUCAGAAGUUGGCAUAAUACUCUGUGAUGUCAGUGACCCAUCCUCCCUUGCUGAUAUGGCUAAACAGGCAGCUGUUGUUCUUAACUGUGUGGGCCCAUACAGGUUUUUUGGAGAACCUGUAGUGAAAGCUUGUGUUGAGAAUGGCACAAGUUGCGUUGACAUCAGUGGAGAACCUCAGUUUCUGGAAGGAAUGUAUCUGAAAUACAAUGAUAAAGCUGCAGAAAAGGGGGUAUAUGUCGUUGGAAGCAGUGGCUUUGACUCUAUUCCAGCAGAUAUGGGAGUCUUAUACACCAGAGACAAUUUGAAAGGUACCCUAACUGCAGUUGAAAGUUUCCUGACUGUGAAAUCUGGACCUGAGGGUUACAGUAUCCAUGAUGGAACCUGGAAGUCAGCUAUUCAUGGCCUUGCAGAUCAAGACAAUUUGAGGAAACUUCGGAAGCAGAUAGGACACAAACCUCUCCCAAUCAUUGGUGCAAAAUUAAAAAGAAGAGGACUAGUGUUUUACAGUCAGGAAUUCAAAGAGUACUCCAUUCCAUUCAUGGGAUCAGACGUGUCUGUUGUGAAACGAACUCAACGGUACUUGCACACAGAUUUGCAAGAAACACCUGUGCAGUAUGCAGCUUACGCAACGGUGGGUGGUAUUGCAUCUGUUAUUAAGCUGAUGUUUGCUGGCCUUUUAUUUUUUCUUCUUGUGAAGUUUAGCUUUGGAAGAAAUCUCCUGACAAAAUACCCAGAACUUUUCUCUUGUGGACGUUUUACAAAGAAAGGACCAACACAAAAGCAGAUAGAUGGAUCAUCCUUUACAAUGACAUUUUUUGGUGAGGGGUACUGUGAGGGCCAAGAUCCACAAGAGGGCAAACCAAAUGUAAAAAUCUGCACCCAAGUGAAAGGACCAGAUGCUGGCUAUGUUGCUACAGCAAUAGCAAUGGUUCAGGCAGGUGUAGCGCUGCUAAAGGAUGAAAGUUCUCUUCCUAAACAAGGUGGCGUAUAUACUCCAGGAGCUGCUUUCUCUAAAACAAAACUGAUUGAUCGGCUGAACAAACAUGGCAUUGAGUUCUCUGUUAUUAGCAAGUCAGAAGCCUGAAGCUUCAAAAUAAUGCCAAGGAAAACUAUAAUUGCACAAACUAAUGUACCAAGAGCUUCUUCAGAUGUAAAAACCUAAUAAAAAUAUUUACAAAUGAGUUGUAAUGUUGCUAACAAUGGCAUUAAAAGGAUUAUAGCAUUUUGUGUAAUCAUUAGUGAACUAGCUGAUGCAAAUAGAUUAAUACUCCUAAAGCAUGAGGUGGUGUUAGAGGAAAUUACUGCUUCAGCUUCUAUUUAGAUGCCAAAAAUUAACCUCUUUCAGCUCAUAUUUAUACAAGAUUAUAAUGGGAUGCAUGUAUGUGUUUUAGGUCUGAUCCUCUAUAGAACUUUACUAGGUAUUGGAACUCCAGAAUGGUAGAUUGGGGCAGUAGGUUCUAAACAUCAAGUUGUCAGUCAAGGGAUUUAUGGAAUAACUCCAUUUACCACAGAAGGGUCUGGAUAACAAGUGCCUUAGCUAAUCAAGCCAUUACUUAUGACUAUUUAGAGGAAGGGACCACUUAUUUGUGCUGUUGUCAUUGUGUAUGGUUUGGUGCUUACACAAAUGACACUUCAAUUUCUUGUAAUUCUCAGUAACUUGCUGUAAUGGGCUUUACAGUAGGAAAAUUCAACUCCUUAUUUCUAGGAGUAGAUGGACUAAUUAAGAUAAAGACAGUUAAUACAGGUCAAAAAAUGCUAACAGCGUCUGCACUUACAUAACAUGUAAGUGAAUUUAUCAGGAUACAUGCUUCAUGAUAUAAAUCUUACAAAGGUAUUUCCCUCCACAUUUCUAGAAUCAUGAGUAAGUGAGUUUCAAAGAUUUAGUAUGACAAGCAAGUGGCUUUGGUCCAUCUUUGUGUAUGGUACAGUAUAUGACCUACAGCACUUAAAAUUACCACAUACUCUUAAACUGAAGUCUGUACAAAUUAUCUGGGUAAUUAACAAGAAAGCUGAGCUGCUUGAUCUUCCAAGUACCGAUUAAGUAACUAAGUCACUGUUGCUUAAGAAUUACUUACUUAGGCCAUGCUUUCUCUCUCUUCUUUUUAACUAUAAGAGCAACAUCAUUUUUCAGUCUGCAUAUGCUAGAUUCAAGCUGCUCCCCAAAAUCCUUCAACAUAUGUGACUGUCUCUCUGUAAAAAGACGUAGCAUCUGCAGGUUAUCUUCUUCCUGCAAAAGACCAAUAAAAUUAAUGAGUAUAUAUUGGACUCAGUGUGCAUGCUAUUUUAUACAUCUUUUGCUUAUGGAUGUCAGAGUGGUGAUUAAGGCAGGAACUAAAAAAUAGAAGUUGAAAGAACAGUAAAUUCUCUCUAAAGCAGAAAGGAUGGGAUAAAUCACAGUUAAAUUGAAAACUAGAUGUGGAUUCACAGCAGUGGUGCUGCCUGUUGAACAAAAAUAACACACAUCACAUAGCUGAGUUGGGAAAGUGAAGGAGGAGAGCAGAACAGGUCCUCAAGCUAGAAUCAGCAGCAGUGAGUCACAGUGGGAAGAUAUGCAAUGCUUUUCACCUCUCCAGCCAUCUCUCAAUUGCACUAACUUUCACACCUCCUCCCCCAUUAAGGAUCAGUUUACACACACAAAUUGAUAGCAGUGAUGUAGAGCAAGUGCAUUUCUACUAGUUCUUUAUGGCCAAAAUAGGCUCCUAACAAAUACAUUUAAUAUCCUAGCACUGUACCAACUUGUUUCUAUAAGAAAUAGGAAAAAAACACCCACUUGUGGUCAAACUAGGUACAGACAGGUGUGUAUAUUUUCCUUUGGUACUUAGUCACACUGGUACUAAUGACCUAACAACUUCUGAGCACUGGGUUUUGAAAACGGCCUGUAGUAUAGAUCAAUUCAGUUUUGCUUGCCCUUUGCAAGGAUCUUGUGACUAUUUUCCCAUAAUAAAUUUUUAUUCUACAA